CUGGAGAGCACCGAGCACCGCUCGUCACACGUGUCGCCGGCGGCAGAAGCCGCGCGGAUCUGGCGUGAGCCGCUGCGGCCAAGCCCAACCCGCAUACUCCCUUGUUGUUCGUCUCGCCGCAUAAACUCGCCCUCACCCGCCGCCGCCGGUCUCCCCCUUCUCCCGGUUUCAGCCGAGCCUCACGUUUUCCCGCACGGAUCAAACACGCAGAAAACCUAGCAUCCCUGCUUGCUAAUCCAGGAAGGCUGGGCGGAAACCACGCCCCCUUCUUGUUCGUCUUCUUCCCCCACUGCGUCUCGCCGCGGAAGUUUCAGUGAACUCAGCUAUACAGUACGUACAUGAGGAGAAUGGAUGUUUGCUGUGCCUACUUCGACCCGGAUUAUGAGAACCUCAACGAGAGGAUUUAUGGGACAAGGGUUAAUGUGGACAACGAGUCAUGUGGUAAAUGUACUAUUGUUAACGUAAACAGUCGAAAUGACCAUGACCUCCUACUUGAAGUGCUCCAAGUUUUGAUUGGCCUCGAGCUGUCGAUCGCAAAAUGUUACAUAUCAUCUGACGGCGGAUGGUUUAUGGACGUUUUCCAUGUGAGAGAUCAGGAAGGAAACAAGGUUUACAGCAAGAAGGCCAUAAACUAUAUAGAGCAGGCAAUAUGUACUAGAGAUUCUCCGAGGUUCACAGUGACGAGAUCGAAUGAGCUUGCGUCCAGACCUGAUGUUGCCGCGCACUAUACAGGAAUUGAGAUGAUUGGCCACAACCGGCCUGGAAUUUUCUCCGAGAUAUCUGCUGUUCUUGCUGAGCAGGGGUGUAAUGUUAUGGAAGCGCAUGCUUGGAGCCAUAAGGACAGCUUAGCCUGUGUUGCAUUUGUGUCUGAUGAAUCAACAUCAUCCCCCAUCAAUGAUCCGAACCGCUUAGCCUCUAUUCAGGACCAUCUUGGUACUGUUCUUGGACCUGACACAAUGGAUGAAGAUGGGCGUAGUGCAAGAGCUCAUAUGCUUGGGGCUGAUGGCCUGACAAGUCAUCCUGAUCGUCGGUUGCACCAGCUAAUGUUUUCUAGUAAAGAUUUUGAUGGACAUCCAGGAAAGGCAUGUACUGCCUUCCCAAUGCUUAGUUUGGAUGGUUACAAAAAGGGCAGGAGGACAGUGGUCUCUGUUGAUCGGUGCAAUGAGAAAGGAUACUCAGUUGUAAAUGUGGAAUGUGUCGACCGGCCAAAGCUGAUGUUUGACACUGUGUGCACGCUUACGGACAUGCAGUUCAAUGUCUUCCAUGCCUCAGUUUCCUCCCGUGGGCCUUUUGCCUGUCAGGAAUACUACAUCAGGCACAGGGAUGGACAUAUUCUAGACACUGCAGAUGAAAGAUGCCUGGUUGUGAAAGGUGUGAAAGCUGCAGUCGAGCGUCGAACUUGUGAGGGUGUGAAGCUGGAGCUAUGCACGGAGAACAACGCUGGUCUCCUCUCUUACAUCACUAGGGUCCUCCGGGAGAACGGGUUAACCGUUAGACAGGCUGACAUCGCGAUGGAAGGCAACAAGAUGAAGAACACGUUCUACGUGCAAGGCAUCUCAGACAACAAGAUAGACAUGGAUGUCGUCGAGUCUGUCAGGAGGGAGCUAGAUCCCCUGCCCUUCCAGGUGAAGGAUGAUGCGCUUCUGUCCCCGGGGCAGCUGGAAGGCGAACCAGCGGCUGAGAGAAACGUCUUCUGCAUCCUUGGCCUGCUGAGGUCGAAGAUAGAGAGCCUGUCAUGGUUUCAUCUCCUCCGGGAUGACACAUCAUUUUGGUACUUGAAGAGUUGGAAUAUCAAUUCGGAUCAAUGGGAAGACAUGCGUUGAUUGGCCGAUACGGUCGUUGGUACAAGCUUCAACAUGUGCACUGCUCUUUUGUAUGUUGCUGGUGUUCUAGUAUCAUGGUAUGGGUUAAGCUUUUCGUAUAUAACUCGGCAUAUUUCGUAAGAGAAACCAGGAACUUAUCUUCUAUAUCAAUCCUUUGCAAUCAAAA